UUAAAAUAUAUUUAUUUCUUUAAUUUAAAAAUUAUGUGGACAUUCUUAGGCUUAAAAGCUUUGGGAGGAGAAAAUAAAAAAUUGUUAGAAAAUAUGUUACCCAAUUUUUUCCCUCCCCAACCUCCCCAACAAAUUCAACAACAACCAGAAAAUAACGGAAUUAGAGAAUUACUUUUUGGGGGUGGAGGAGGGGGAGAUAUAUGGCCACAACAACAAAAUAACACUAAUAAUUUAUUUAAUCAACAAUUAAUUAUUCCAAAUCCAACAACAAAUAAUUUUUUAGUUCCCCCACCAUUCCCCCAACAACCCCAACAACCUUUACAAGUUAUUACUAUUAUUCUUCAAUAUGGGCCUUUAAAAGAAAUGGUGGUUGUUGAAAGAACGGUUGAUCCGAAUGCUUUCGAAAUUUUUAGACAAAAAGCUCGCCAAAUGGUAGAAAAACAAUUACAAAUAGAAGCAUCUAUUAAUUCAACAGGGACUUCAAAUAUAAUGGUUGGAGAAAUUCAACUUUUCCUUCAUGAUUAUAAAAGUUUUAAUAUGUUAACUUGUUUGGCAACGUUAACACAAUUGGACAAUGGAAGUGUUGUAGAAAUAAUUCGAAUUGAGAGACAUGAGCGACCUACCAAGCCCCAUUCUUUAAUAGUAAACACUUAUGUUACUCCUACUUUUUGUGACUAUUGUGGGGAAAUACUUAUGGGGUUAGUUAAACAAGGACUUCAAUGCCAGUCUUGCAAGUGUAAUUUUCAUAAGAAAUGCGCUUUUGCACCGAGAAAUAAUUGUGCCAAAUCUGAUAUUGUUCCUAGCACGUUUCUUGCUGGAGGGGUUGACCAACAAUAUUUAACUCACGAUAAUGACCACCACCAACAACAAUUAAAACAACAAAAUUUGCCACAACACCCACAAUUUCAAUUACCACAUUCUUUACUUAUUCAUAACUAUAAAAUGCCCACAGUUUGUAAAAUAUGUGAUAAAUUACUUGUUGGGAUUGUUAAACAAGGGUUGCGUUGCCGGGAUUGUAAGGUAAAUGUACACAAAAAAUGUGCCCAUUUACUUCCCUCAAAUUGCCAAAUAACUGCAGAAAAUGCUAUAACACCAAACGUGACAUUUGAACAACAAAACGCAUCAAAUGAUAUUGAUAUACAACAACAGAUAUCUUCAAAUAAACAGUCACAAUUAAUAGACACAUCGACUGAUGCAAUGAUUCCAUUAGCUCGGUUGCCAGGCUCAGCUUCAAGUCGUUCACAACGUCCAGCAGGUCCAAUGGGCCAAAUUGUAUGUGAAGGCUGGCUUAUUCACUUUGUUUUGCAAGAACGUGAUAGGCGUAGACUUCGGCAUUAUUGGAUUCUUUCAAAUGGAAUAAUUAGCCUUUUUAGUGAAUAUAAUGAUGGUGUCAAUCCAAAUCGUGUUUUUAAACAAAUCAAUUUGGCGGAGAUAAUAGCUUUGGUGCCGUACGAGGGUCCUUCUCUUGAUCCAAAAUCCCCUCCACACGCAUUCGAAAUUAGAACAACAACUAAUUUAACUUAUUGUGUCGGGGAAAAUUUGGAGGCUCUCUUACAGGGAGGACCAACAACAGCUCAACAAGUUAACAACAAACUGGCUACUGGAAGUGUUGUUGGUGGCGCUUUAAGUUGGCAACAAUGGUAUCAGGCUCUUCAACAGUCCUUACAACCUCCUGUUCUUCGAAAUGAGACAGCAGCUCCCGAACCGGCACUUCAAUUUUCUCAGUUGUAUCAGCUUCAACGAGAAAAGAUUCUUGGUUCUGGUCAAUUUGGAACUGUUUUUAGUGCUGUACAUAGACAUUCGAGACGGGAAGUUGCUGUGAAGAUGAUAGCCAAAGACCGUUUCUCCAAAAAAUCCUCAGCUGUAGAAACACUCAAAAGUGAAGUUGCUAUUUUACAAGCUGUUGAUUUUCAAGGAAUUAUUAAAUUGGAAAGUAUGUUUGAGACAAAAGAUAAAAUUUUUGUUGUUAUGGAGAAAAUGAAUGGAGAUAUGUUGGAAUUAAUUUUAAGUCAGGCGUCUGGUCGUCUUAAUGAACGUUCAGCUAAAUUUUUGAUUAUGCAAAUUUUAAGAGCUCUUCGUUAUCUUCAUUCUAGAGGAAUUGCACAUUGCGAUUUGAAGCCGGAAAAUGUUCUUCUUUCUGAUUUUAAAUCAAAUUUUCCACAAACAAAACUUUGCGAUUUUGGCUAUGCUCGGUUUAUUGGAGAAACUCAAUUUAGAAAGACAAUUGUUGGAACACCUGCAUAUUUGGCACCUGAAGUACUUAAAAAGAAAGGUUACAAUAAAUCGUUGGAUAUGUGGUCUGUCGGUGUUAUUGUUUAUGUAACCCUUUCUGGUACUUUUCCUUUCAAUGAAAAUGAGGAAAUUACUGACCAAAUACAGAAUGCUGAAUUUAUGUUUCCUUCAAAUCCUUGGAGAGAAAUUGGCCGCGAGGCAAUUGAUUUAAUUCAGCAAUUACUUAAAGUUCAGAUUGAAGAACGCCUUAAUAUUGACGAGUGUAUUGCUCAUCAAUGGCUUCGUGACCCACAAACCUAUUAUGAUUUGUUUUGCCUUGAGAAACGUUUGGGCCUUGAAAAGCGUUAUUUAACUUCUGAUUCUGAAGAUCUCAUUUGGGCGCCCCAACUUCACGCAAUGGGUCUUUUAAAAAAUGGUCAAAUUCGCUUUAUUGAAGAAACACCUACAGAACAUCCUCUUCCAUUACUUGAAAAUACAAAAACUGUUGAUAUGUCAGAAGUUUGA